AUGAACAAUCCAGACCGUCCACCUCACACACCGGGCAGUCGUAUAGAGCCAUCUUCUCCCUAUCCUCCUCAACUUAUGAACAAUCCAGACCGUCAGCCUCACACACCGGGCAGACGUAUAGAGCCAUCUUCUCACCAUCCUCCUCAACUUAUGAACAAUCCAGACCGUCCGCCCCACACACCGGGCAGAUGUAUAGAGACAUCUUCUCACCAUCCUCCUCAACUUAUGAACAAUCCGGACCAUCCACCCCACACACCGGGCAGACGUAUAGAGCCAUCUUCUCACCAUCCUCCCCAGUUUAUGAAGAAUCCGGACCAUCCACCCCACACACCGGGCAGACGCGUCUUCUUGCCCAUUUCCUCAAAUUAUGAACAAUCCAGACCGGGCAGACGUAUAGAGCCAUCUUCUCACCAUCCUCCUCAACUUAUGAACAAUCCAGACCGUCCGCCUCACACACCGGGCAGACGUAUAGAGUCAUCUUCUCACCAUCCUCCUCAACUUAUGAACAAUCCAGACCGUCUGCCUCACACACCGGGCAGACGUAUAGAGCCACCGGGCAGACGUAUAGAGGCAUCUUCUCACCAUCCUCCUCAACUUAUGAACAAUCCAGACCGUCCGCCGCACACACCGGGCAGACGUAUAGAGCCAUCUUCUCAUCAUCCUCGUCAACUUAUGAACAAUCCAGACCGUCAGCCUCACACACCGGGCAGACGUAUAGAGCCAUCUUCUCACCAUCCCCUCAACUUAUGA